GAAGUGAAUACAACUGCUAUUAAAUUAAAAACUAUAAAUAAGAAAAGCAAAUUAUACAACUAAUAUUGCACUUCUUGAAAUUUGCCGGAAACUACUCAAGACUAUAAUUUUUCUCAGUGUAAACAGCUGAUGAGGAAAUCAAAGAUACCAAAAUUUGUAUAGUUUCUUUUCAAUAAGUUGGUAGUUCCCUUCGAGCUGCACCGGCCAAUAAAUAAAAGAAAAAUAAAGGUUUAUUUUUACAAGAAUAAAACAAAUAGUUGGGACUUAAUUGCUAAACAAUUAAAUCUAAUAAUAGACUAAACAAAGUACGUCAAAUAGAAAGUGAUUAGUUUGGGGGCAGGGGCAAGGACAGACGGUCAUCAAAAUGGACCUCCUCGACUCCAUUCUAUCCUCCAUGGACGCUCCGCCAGCCACAAAUGAGCAACAGAAGACGCUGAUUAAGAAACAAAGGGAAAUGAUGGAACGCAUGCAAAACAAACAGAAAGAGGAAUUAUUAAGAUUUCGGAAAUAUGUAGAGGAGCGCAUGGGCCGCUUUGCCAAGGAUGAUCGACUAUGCAUUGAGUUUCAGCCGCUGGAUAAAGUGCAUCGUUCUGUUAUUCAUGAAAUAGCCGAAAAUGGAGGCUUUAUAGCCAUGAGUUUUGGACGCGAGGAUGUUGACCGACAUUCGGUUGUGUACAAAAAGGAGCAUGCCCCCGGUGAAGAUGAGGUGACGGCCCGUCGCAAUGGCGAUGGAUGGAAUGAGGAGAUAGCCAAAGAAUAUGCCGAAAGGCGACAAGAACGUCUAGAGCAAGAGCAAAGUGAACAGGCCGAAUUGGCAAGCAGCAGUUCAGGAACCCAAUCCUUGGACAACACAGAUCAAACGGGUUCAACCAGCGCCGGUGGCGAUAUCAAACCAACAUCGAACUACAAGGCUAAAUAUGCUCAUCUUAUAGGUGAGUCCGCUGCUUUACAAGCGGCUCGCAAAACAGAGACAAAUCAAAGCUAUGGAUUUGUGCCUAGUAAAAAUAAAAAGGACAUGCGUUCCAUAGAGCAAACGCUGGCCGAUAUUCAGGCCAAAAAACGGCUCAAGCUCCAGCAGCAACAGGAACAGCAAGAACAACAGCAGCAGGAGGACGAGCCGCAGCAGGGCCCUGUUGAUUAGAUUAGAAAACGUUUCCUUAACAUAUUUUUUUUGUUAACAAAUCCAGUUUUAGUCACUUGCGAAGAAAGGAAGUCGUCAUCGGACUGCCAUGUUAACUUGUAAGCAAUUCAAUAUUAUUGUUGGCCAAUAGGACGCAUAGAAGUAACAAUAACCUAUAAAUUUUUAGAACAAGUUAUAUAUAUAUAUACUACGUAUUAAACUGCAGUGUCCAAUUCGCAAUAUCUAUUUAUAUAAUAAAAAAAAUACAAAAAAAAAGUAAAUUACUGGUAGAUUCAAAACAUUGCCCCAGUGUUGGAAAAUAGUGGAAAUUAUUUUUAAGCAAACACUGCUCAGAUACUGGGAGCCUGCGGUCUAAACUCGAGAAGUCUCUUUUAGACCUCUGGAGAGCUGGUAACACUGAUCAAUUGCACCACGUGUUGAACGGGACUAGCGGAAAAAGAUUGGAAGAACAUUACAACAUGCUAGAAAAAAUUUGUUUAAAAAUGGAUUUACAACCUUAAAAAAUUGGCUGUUGCCUACGAGUAGGAACAAUGGAGCACCCCCUUUGGAUGUUUGAGACUUUUUGGACAUUGAAUGUACCUUAAUAAAGGUAAACUAAUGCCUGAUCUAUGGAGCACCCUUUAAGAACAAGGAACCUCUUAAACAGAGAUGACCACGUGCUUAUCUAAGUUUCAAUCGAAUGAUGCACCACCAUUCUGAGUGCUUCGAAUUUGAUAUAGAACACUGUGGAAACCAAAUUUAAAAGUGGAAAGGAAGUGCGCUGGACCUUUUUAAAUGAUUAUGCCGAUGAAUAAUUGUUGUCGCCUAUAACAGUGACUAAAAAUUAAAUUUAGCAUUUAUAUAAUCAAUAAAAGCGAAAUAAACUAAUUUUUGUAUUUUAA